GCUUUUGCUACAAUCGCAUUAAUGAUUCCUUCGCUUCUUCUCUCUUUCGCUGCUCGUUCCUCUAGCUCGCUGCUUCGCCUCGCGUCACCUCGUCUUCCAUCCGGACCUGUGCUUCCGGCCAAUUGACGAAGGAGGCAAGGAUCCAUGGUGGUGUUCUCCAAUUUGGGAUUCUGGGCCGCUUUUCUCACUGUUUUUGCUCGGAUUUGAGGCUCUUUUGUCCUUCGAUGCGCUUUUGGGGCUGCUUUGCUGUUGGGAGGAUUCUGAUUUAGGGUUCCGAUUAUAAUAUUUGAGGUGAGCAGGCAUGAUCCAUUUUUAAUUUUCUCUCUCGUUGAUUUCAGCUAUGGAAGCUCUAUGAUGGGGCUGUUGUCUUACUGAUCUGUUGAUCGGGAUGAAUUGGUUUUGAGAUCCAGGUGGCCGAUCUGAAAGUUCAAUUUUUAUUUCCUUCUCGUGAGGAUUCUAGAUUGGUUAUUGAUUUGAAGAAAGUGGCUGACAAAUUGAAACCUGUAAUUUUCCCAAGCUCUUAAAAAUCGGGGAUUUUUUGGUUUGCCUAUGACGAGAGGUUCGAUAAUAAGUUAGCUUUUUUGUUGUUGUUGCGAAAGUACGGUAUUCUUUUGGAACUUUAGAAGGAUCAUACCUAGUCUAAUUCGGAAAUGGAGACAGUGAAUUGCGUUGAGGAUGGCUUAUUGGAUAAUCCUGACGUGGAAGAUGAAUUUCGAAGCUGCUGUACAGAAGAAGAGGAGUGGCAGGACACUGAGGAAUCCUUAGCCGAAGGGUCUAAAGAUGAUCUCGAUGAGUUCUCACUAAGAAUGUUUUUUAAAGGUCUAUCCACCUCAGAUGCUCAGGGUAAAGGAUCUAAGGCUUCAGGAAUUGGAGUGGUGAUGGAAAGAUCUGCUGGAGCUUCCCUAAUUAAAGUGCAGAAAAAACUUGAUUUUUAUGUAGAGAAUUUGGUAGCUGAGCACUUGGCAUUGAUGGACGGUAUAUUGGCCGCUAUCCAGAAUGGAACUAAAAAGCUCUAUGCAUUCACUGAUUCUGAAGAACUGUAUUAUCAGAUUGCAGAAACAGAAAUUCUUGGCCACCAACUUUUGAUAGCUUUGGGACACAGAAUCCUAGAGCUGGUUGAGCAGCUUGAAGACUUUGAUAUACAGCUGGUAUCGAGUUAUGAACUAGAGAGGCCAUUGCGUUUGGCCAGAGAAGCAAUUGGUGACUGGUCAGCUGACAUUUGUCCCAUGUGUUGUGAGGAGAAGGAAAGUUCAAAGAUGUUAAAGUUGAAUUGUUCCCAUAAAAUUUGUCCUGAUUGCAUGAUCAUAUAUGUUGUUCGUGAAUUGCGGUGUUCAAAGAUUCCUAUUAAGUGCCCUCAAGUAAAAUGCAGACAUUUGAUUUCAACCACUGAAUGCAAGUCAUUUCUCUCAUCUGAUAGAUAUGGAUUACUAGAGAGAGCCAUGAAGGAUGUUCAGAAUUUAGACACAUUCUUUUGCCCUUUCCGCAAUUGCUCUGGAGUACUCCAUCUUGGCCAUUGUUUGUCAUCUAGAGCAAGUUCUUCAACUCAAUCAGAUAUCAACCGAAUUCAAUGCCUAGAGUGUCACAGAGAUGUUUGUAUCAACUGUCAUGUUCCAUGGCAUUCCUUGAUGACAUGCGAGGAUUAUCAGAACCUAUCAGCAUCUGAAAGAGAUGCAAGGGAUAUUAGUUCUAAUGACUUGGCAGAAGACCCUAGGCAUAGACGUUGCCAGCAAUGUGGGCAAAUGAUUCAGCACACAAACGAGGGUUAUCACAUGACCUGCUGGUGUGGGCAUGUGUUCUGCUACAUGUGUGGUGCGGAAUAUAGGAAUGGCAUUCAGACCUGUCAUUGUGCCUUUUGGGGCGGGAACAAUCCCGAGACUUCUGCAACACCCUCGACCGACGGAUCAGAGCUCUGGACAUGGGAGUCUUUUGAUUCCCUGCCAGCCCUGACAGAUGAAUACUCCGAGCAAGAAAGGGCACAAUUGGCGCUUGUACAAAGGUUUCUCUCUGGAGGAAUCGACCUAAGUGACCUCCACCACUCUCCGCAAUCUUCUCCUCGAUGUUCUGAUUCUUACAUGGAUACCGUGAAAGACCUCCACCAGCUCCCCUGGCUUGAGAGGUUCGUAUCCGUUAUUAGUGACAGCUACCACGAGGAUUUUGUUCAGUGAAUUCAGUUCGGUAACACCAUUUGAAACUCAUUUUGCUAAUAAAUGAUAGCAUGUCAUAAGAUAUAGUGUUUGCAUCAUUUGGGAUUUGAAAUUCUAGAAUUCUAGUUGCUAUUAUCUUAUUCUUAAAAAGGAAAAAAUUGUAGUAGAAACUGUGUAAAAGUUUAAUGAAUUAUUGAUCAUUUCAGUUUAA